CUUAGAUUUCGAAUGACGUCGACAAGAUGGGCAAAGGAAAGUGGAAAGAGCAAAAAAAAAAAAAUUUUUUUUUGGCGGGUGUUCCGGGUUGGGGGGGAUAUCGUUUCGUUCCUCAGUAAAACGGUUGAUUUCUCCUUUCUCUCCUCUUCUACGUUCGAACUAUAUCACAAUGGCCCACGCUAACGUUUGGAACUCCCACCCCAAGACCUUCGGUAAGGGCUCUCGCGCUUGUAGAGUUUGCUGUCAUCGUGCUGGUCUUAUUCGCAAGUACAACCUCAACAUCUGUCGUCAAUGUUUCCGUGAAUAUGCCGCCGAUAUUGGUUUCCACAAGUAUCGUUAAAUCAUCAAUCUAGUUCGAUGGAUAUAAGAGUCCUGUUCAUGGGCUCCUUCCCCUUCCUUAUAAAUCGACGAUAACAUUUUUUAGCGAAACCAACUUUUUUUUUUUUUUUUAAAAUAAAAAUUUUAAAAAAAAAAAAAAAAAAAAAAAAAAAAAAAAAA